UUCUUUCAUGCAACCCACCCUACCAGAAAACGUCUAGUUACUCCCAGAACUUAAUUUGACGACUGUACAGUUGUGGAAGUACUAACGCCCCCCCCCCCUAAAUAAUCUCUUGACUAAUAAAGCUGAUAUCUCCGUAUGUGAAAAUGGCAGGAAGGAGUUUAUCCCUAUUGCUAACACACUCCGUAAAACCCACGGUGGUCUCUCGCAUCUCCCGUGUCUCAGUCAUCACUCGAUUGAAUGCGUCCUGGGAGCCUCGGGAUAAGAUCACUCACACGGGUCAAAAAUUUGAUGCGGACGACAGGAGACUCGUACGUUUCAUUGACCGACCUAAGGAAGUUAACGAUCGUUGGGCAAUUAACUUGAUCGAUGAAGUCUCUCCUACUAGCACUGAAGCAAGAAUUAUCUGUUGCAAUGGGGGCGGAGGACCCCUGGGUCACCCGAAAGUCUACAUAAACCUGGAUAAGCCUGGGAACCAUACUUGUGGAUACUGUGGCCUCAGAUUCACCAAGGAGCACCAUCAUUAGCCCUCGAAAUCACUGUAGUUGGAACAAAAAUUAGAAUAUUCUAAUUUCCUCAAAAUUCUUAAUAAAAAUUAACUGAAAUUUGAAAUUAACAUUUCUUCAUUCAUAACUCUUAUUCUCUAUUCUAAAUUUGGAACGAAUAAAAAAUAUUUUUGCUUGAAA